CAGCCUUGGCCAGGUCACACGCGUUUCCGCCGCGGUUUAUAAAAUCACGCGCCCCAACGCCCGUAGCACAAGGCAAGAAGCCAGCGGCAAGCCAGCAACAACCCCCGGCCGGAUCGAGCGACCUUGCUAGCUAGGCAAGGCGGAGGAGAUGAGCUACUACGGCCAGCAGCAGGGACCCGUCGGCGCCCCACCGCAGCAAGGCUACCCGCCGGCAGGGUACCCUCCGGCAGGCUACCCGCCGCCACAGCAGGGAUACCCGCCGCCCGGCUACGGCCAGCAGGGAUACCCGCCCCAGCAGCAACAGCAACAGAGCAGCGGGCCUUCCUUCAUGCAGGGCUGCUUGGCCGCCCUUUGCUGCUGCUGUCUCCUGGAUGCUUGCUUCUGAGAAGAGAGACGACGGUUCAACAUCGCCCUUCUGGAACUGGAACUGAACUGUGCCUUGUGCCUUGUUACCGAGAUGCUUCUAGCUUCCAUGUUGCGCAUUAUUCUGCCCUGUUUGUUGGACCUCCGGAAUGGAAUUGUUUUCGGGUGUUGAUGGGAUGACUAUUCAGUUAAUUGUGAUAUCCUGAUUUGUAAUCUUUUUUAAUAAAGUAAUGACUUAGUGGAUUUCAUUUUAA